GCGCAUGAACAUAUCGAAGCCCACAGAGAAAAGCACGCGCCUCAACCAAGUUAUAGCAGAAGUCGUUUCUUUCAUCCAAACUAGCUUGUUCGAGGUGGACAAACUGAUUCUUAACACCCGCCUUGACAUCGAGGACUCGCCGAAGUUGAUCCGAGUGCUAGAUACCUAUCGGGUUCGAUACUUCUACUGCGGCAGCAUUUUGGUGAUCAUGGGAGAAUGCCCAUUGAAUUCUGUCGUUGAUAGUCUCGUGCAGAACAUUCUCGACCAGCGUUCAACGAUCCUACCGCGUGAAUUGUGUCGCUAUCUCUCAAACCACAAAAUGAGUAUUGAUUGCAGCGGAAUCAUCAAAGGAAAAGGAAUCAAGCCGCAGCUGCGAACCAAAAUACCUGAUCACACAAUCACCUUUCGUCACCCUGGUGAUGGUGAGCUCUCUACCACAAUCAUGAUGGAAACCGGAUUUUCAGAAUCUCGAGAAGAUCUUCACCGAGAUAUGCUCCAAUACUUCAAGCAUUAUGAGCCUGCGCAACUGGUUGUUCUACUCAAGAUCAAGGAAGACAAAAAGUAUCGCACCUCACGCACGGAUCCGGGUUUUCGAGACCGCGCGGCUAGACUCCUCUUGCGCUUCGGCAACGACCUGGGGAAACAGAAACAUGCCACAUACUUGGAGAAUAGCGCCCAUGAUGCGUCUGUCACGGCCGACCCUUAUACGGAAAAGCACGUCCGAAAGCAAAUCAAAGUUGAAGAUUGGAUCGGCACCAUUGAAGCCGACCUCGAGCUUUGGGAAUUGAUUCACUCUGAGCCACGACUACGCGGUGGCCGCACUCGCCUAUAUCCCACCCCUGACCGAAAUUCCGUACCGUACAUUUAUGCUGGAGACCUGAUCCCUUUGAAACUACACGAUGACUUCCCGAACCUCGAUGUGUCUCAAAGACUCGCUAUCAAUACUGAUCUACUCUUUGAGGAGAUGGCAGCGCUUAUUCCGCGUUUUGCUUGUUGGCGUGCCACCAAAUUUUUCAGACCGAAGGACGAAGACGAGGAUAUCGACUUUAGUGCGGAUGUCGAAGAAGGUGAGGAAUAACUAGUGCUGCUAUUCUCCCCAACCAAAAGCAGCUUGACCGCAUCGGCGAAGGUUUCUCUUAGCUUGUAUCCAUACCUUAAUUACUAGCAGCCUUUUCUUUAAUUCAACAAGUUGCUUUGCCGCUGGU